ACAAAGUGAUCUGAAUCCAAUUGCUUUACUUGUCUUCUAAUAAUGCAACUCUUUUCCUUCACUUUACUGAACAAACUGCAGUCCCUCUGUUCUUUUCACGCUGAUCUUUGCCUCAGAAGCUUUCGUGUCGAAGAAUCAAUGUGCUGCAUGCGCUGCUAUAUAAUGCGCCUUCUCCAUCACAUGUUUGGUAGUCUCAGCUUCCUUCCUUUCUGGUUUUAGCCGCAGUUUAGGGCAGAAGAGAGGCCAUGGAGAAGAGCACAGUGACGGACAUUGAGCAUGGCGACCAUGAAAGACGAGGAACUGUGUGGACUGCGACAGCCCACAUCGUCGCUGCACUGAUCGGCUCCGGUGUUUUGGCGCUCGCAUGGAGUGUUGCUCAGCUGGGGUGGAUCGUCGGCCCUCUCGUUCUCCUCGGCUUCUCCUGCGUCACCUACUACACCGCGGUUCUCCUUACCAACUGCUACAGGUUCCCAGAUCCUGUCGAUGGAACCAUAAAUCGUGCCUACAUCGAUGCAGUCAGAUCAUACUUGGGUCCUAAGCAUGUGUUCUUGUGUGGAUGUGCUCAGUAUGUCAACCUCUGGGGGACUCUUGUGGGCUACACCAUUACAGCCAGCACGAGCAUGAUCGCGGUGAAGCGCGCGAAUUGCUUCCACCGGAACGGGCACAGCGCAAGAUGUGACGCAUCUGGCAACACCUUCAUGGUGGUGUUCGGCCUCUUCCAGCUGGUGUUGUCUCAGUUCCCCAGCUUGGAGAACAUAACGUGGCUGUCGGUGGUCGCGGUGGCGACGUCGUUCGGUUACUCCUUCAUCGGCCUCGGCCUGUGCAUGGGCAAGUGGGCUUCUCAUGGUGAGUUCAGGGGGACGUUGGCUGGUACCAGCGAUGUGGCCGCAAGUGACAAGGCGUUCGAUGUGCUCCUCGCGCUGGGGAAUGUAGCUUUCGCUUACACUUUUGCUGAUGUCUUGAUUGAGAUCCAGGACACCUUGAAGUCACCUCCUCCGGAGAACAAAUCGAUGAAAAGGGCGACGUUCAACGGGAUUGGGCUCACCACCGUUUUCUACCUCCUGCUUGGCUGCAUAGGGUACGCUGCAUUCGGUAACGAUGCUCCCGGCAACAUCCUAACUGGGUUCGGCUUCUACGAGCCCUUUUGGCUCGUCGACAUAGCCAACAUAUGUGUCAUCGUCCACCUCAUCGGGGCAUAUCAGGUGUACGCGCAGCCAAUCUUCGCCAGGUUUGAGAACUACCUGUUGUUCCAGUGGCCGGACAACAAGUUCAUCCGCAAGACCUACUCGGUGCGAGUGCCGUUCAUGGAAGUUGGUGGCUCGUGGAGCUUCACGCUGUCGAAGCUCGUCUUGAGGACCAUCUUCAUCAUGUUCACGACGCUGGUCGCCAUGCUGCUGCCAUUCUUCAACGCUGUUCUGGGUCUGAUAGGCGCUCUGGGCUUCUGGCCACUGGCCGUUUACUUCCCGGUGAGCAUGCACAUGGCUCAGGAGAAGAUCCAAAGGGGAGCACUCAAGUGGUUUGCCCUGCAGGGCUUAAGUUUCUUCUGCCUGCUUGUCUCUGUUGCUGCUAGCAUUGGUUCUGUGGCAGACAUUGUGCAUAAUCUCAAGGCAGCUGCCCCUUUCAAGACUGUGUAUUAGAGAUGAAAUGUACACAAAGCCAUGCCAUGUGAUGUGAGGGAGAACAAUUCUGAGUGAAAGAACAACUAGUUUUAUGUGA